AUGAAUUCCACUCAUUAUACUAAUAAAAUUCGUACUUUUCGUAAGAUAUUUACGAGAGGUUGGAAGAAAGCUCGUUGUAAAUUUUGUGGAAUAUACUUCCAUCGAUUCCAUAAAUUACGUAAAUAUGAAAUUUCAAUGAAACAAUGUUUAUGCUCUCCAUUAUUGUGUAUAGUACCUGAAGCUAAGAAAAUUUGCCGCUCAAAGAUAAAAUCAUCUGAUUCAGAUAAAUCAGUCGGACAAUUGUUUUCGAAAUUAGGUGGGAAGACGGCAAAGGAAUUAGAAAGAAUGAAGCGGAAAGGUGAUAAUUGGUCAACCAAUGAUUUAUUAAAAUUUCAACAUGGAAAUUUUGAUCACUAUGAUAUAGAUGAGAAGCGAGAAAUUUGUCUGGAAUGGCUUCGACGACUUAGCAAUAUUACCAAAAAAUAUUGUUGCCUUGCAUGGUAUGCAUCUGCAAUUUACACUUGCUAUUAUCGAUUAGCUCCAUCAAUUAUUGAUAAAGAAGAGAAGAAGCGUAUAUGGGUUGAUGUUAAGCGUGAAUAUGCCGAAAUAUUUCUGAUGGGUCGUCGUAUUUGGCGACGACCAACUCAUCCAACUAGACUUCGUAUUCUUUAUGAUUUAGCCAUGUUAUGCGUCCUUUUCAACGAUAUAUCUGAUGAUGAAACAGUGAUAUUAUUCCGUAACUUACUAGAUGAUAAUGAUAAUUUCAACUUUGAAGUACUAGAUGAGAUUGAAUAUGCACGAUCUAUUGAUAAGGCAGUACAGUUGGAAAAUCAUGUGAUCGAUUUAUUUUAUCAGAGACGUAAAUCUACUUGUUCUACCCGUUCCAGCUUUUUCUCGAAAAGCAGUAUUGAAACUUCACGAAGCAGUUUUAGCCGUAACAAAUUGAGCAAAACCUCAUUUUUGUCCAUUCCGGAUACCAUAGUAUCGGAUUCAUGCGUGACUAGAAAUCUACCACAAAUUGCUCAUAAACAAACUGUUCGUUUUGCUAGGAAACCUGACGUAGAUCCAAAAGUGGAAACCGAAACAGACAAAUAUUUAAAUCCAACGAAUAUGAUGAAAGUAAAAGAUACAAUUGCUGAUAUUGUGGAAAACAACGCAACAGAAAACAACUUUAAACAUGUGCAUAGUCAAAUGAACUCCGAACAACUUUUCACUACAAAUGCUACUUUUACCGGUACAAAUGAAGUUGAAAUGGAAAUUGCCGUAAAGAAGAAAUCAAAUCAUGCAGGAACGAUUCGAAAAUUUUUGUUGAUGUUGUCAGAUGAAAUUAUGGCUGUUUACUGA